GCAGUCUCUUUUGUUCUCGCCCCCGAGGCCGCCCUGCGAUCGUCGAGCGUCAAAUUUGCAUCCUUGCGUGCACUCCAGUCCGUUUCGACAGCUUCGAAAAUUUAUGGUCAUCUAUCGUCUGUGAUUUCCACCGCAUGGAUCUUUACCGGUGUGAAAGUGAAACGGAACAACGGCCACUACACGUCCAUCUUCCACGUACUUCCUGACCUAUUACCGUUGCGCCAAAGUCUCGGAGGACGUCGAGACCCUCUGGAAUCCAUUUCGUCCGGCAUGGCGAAUUCUGGGACCUUAGAACCUCUAAUUUCUUGGAAGUAUACGCGUAACCAUAUCAUCCACUUGGUGCCAUUGAGACGUCAGGAUUCCUUUUUGCCCUCUUGCGUGCAUGCUAAAGCACUGUCAUUGAAACUCAAAGCCAUGCACAACGCUGGUGCACCUCAGGCCUCAGUGCUCACAUGCGUAGGAUGCACAUCAUGCCUGAUUUCUUAGCAAAAUCGGACUGGUCCUCAAAGGCAUGCAUCGGAUUCUUGAUCUACGCUGGCUCAUGUAAUAAAUGACCAGACAGGCAGACGAUCAUCAGAGUGGCUAUGUCGAUUUUGUCGAUUGUAAAAGACAGCGACAAACAAUCGCGAUUUAUAUAGAUCGGCAAAAUCCAUGAAAAUCUUCUUCCUCUCCACCAACCGUGGAGGGGAAGACUUUGAAAUAAAAUGUCUAACCCGGUUCUUCCACUGCCUUUCCGGCCGACGCUCGCACGCAUGACGACAUUCAGCGAUCCGUCCUCUCCCAUUGUUGGCUCAACAACUGCUUUGCCAGAUGCCAUCCUAGAGUUGAGCGACGGCACCGCCCUCCGUGGCAUUAGCUUCGGAGCCCAGGCCAAGAGUAUUGCUGGAGAGUGUGUCUUCCAAACUGGCAUGGUCGGCUACACCGAGUCGCUUACCGACCCAUCCUACGAGGGUCAGAUCCUCGUGCUCACUUAUCCUCUCGUCGGAAACUACGGUGUCCCCGAGCGCCCGGCGGAUAUGCUCGAGACGCUCCCUGCUGCAUUCGAAUCGUCUCGAAUUCAUAUCGCCGCUCUCGUCAUCGGCUAUCACUCAGAUGACUACAGCCACUUUCUUGCCAAGUCAACAUUGGGAGCAUGGCUGAAGGAGAAUGGAGUGCCCGCCAUCUAUGGCGUCGACACGCGUGCUCUCACCAAGAAAAUUCGCGAGCAAGGCUCUAUGCUGGGGAAACUUCUGGCUCGCAAAGUCGGAGCCCCUGUAGGUCGCGCGCGCUCCCUCAUUCCGGCUUCGGCUGCCCCCUCUCGGGCACCUUCACGAACAUCGUCACCCCCCGGUGGAACGUGGCGCGAAGAUUAUGAUGACAUUCCUUUCCUGGACCCCAACCAGGUUAAUUUGGUCGCUGCGGUAUCCAUUUCCACACCGCGACUGUACAAAAGUACCACUGCUACACCCCGCUUGCAUCCCACUGGUCGCCCACUCCGAGUUCUGGCCAUCGAUGUGGGUAUGAAGUUUAAUCAGAUCCGCUGUUUCAUCGAGCGCGGAAUGGAACUGAAGGUCGUCCCGUGGGACUACGACUUCUUGAACGAGGCCGAACCUUAUGAUGGCAUCUUCGUCUCAAACGGACCUGGAGACCCAUCGAUGCUCAGCGACACCGUGUCUCGUCUCGCGAAAGCACUUGCAAAAGCCGAUCGACCCAUCUUCGGUAUCUGUCUCGGUCAUCAGUUGCUUGCUUUGGCUGCUGGCGCCAAAACCUCGAAGAUGAAAUACGGCAACCGCGGUCAUAACAUUCCGUGUACUGAUGCGCUCUCUGGACGUUGCUAUAUCACCAGCCAGAACCACGGAUUCGAGGUAGACUCGUCCACCCUCCCGAGCGGCUGGAAGGAGUUGUUCAAGAACGCCAACGACGGCAGCAACGAGGGAAUUUACUGCGAAGACAAGCCCUUCUUCUCGGUGCAGUUCCACCCCGAAUCGACACCUGGUCCCCGCGACACCGAAUUUCUCUUCGAUGUGUUCAUCCAAAACGUCGCCGAUUGUGCGACCACCAAUGCGCUUAUUCCGAUAUCCAUGCCUGGUGGGAAGAAGGAAGACAACGAAAAGCGCGUGCCUCGGGCUAGUGUGUCCAAGGUUAUCAUCCUCGGCUCUGGCGGCCUCUCCAUCGGGCAGGCGGGCGAGUUCGACUACUCGGGAUCUCAAGCAAUCAAAGCUCUCAAGGAGGAGGGCAUUUUCACGAUCAUGGUCAAUCCCAACAUCGCCACGAUUGCUACCUCCAAGGGUCUCGCGGACAAGGUCUACUUCCUCCCCGUCACCCCCGAGUUCGUGCGCAAGAUCAUCAAGUACGAAAAGCCGGAUGGAAUCUACGUCACCUUCGGAGGCCAGACUGCCCUCAAUGUCGGAAUCAAACUCAAAGAUGAGUUCGAGUCGCUCGGGGUGAAGGUCCUCGGCACCCCCAUCCAGACGAUCAUCACGACCGAGGAUCGGCAGCUGUUCGCGUCUGCAAUGGCCGAAAUCGGCGAGAAAUGUGCCGAGAGUGCGACUGCGACCAACCAGGAGGAGGCGGUUGCUGCGGCCCAAUCGAUUGGGUUCCCCGUCAUCGUCCGUGCUGCCUAUGCGCUCGGUGGCUUGGGCUCAGGUUUCGCUCAAAACGAGGCUCAGCUGAAGGCGCUGUGUAGCAAGGCCUUUGCGACAAGUCCCCAGGUGUUGGUCGAGAGAAGUAUGAAAGGGUGGAAGGAGAUUGAAUACGAAGUGGUGCGGGACUGCCGGGACAAUUGUAUCACUGUUUGCAACAUGGAGAACUUUGACCCGCUCGGAAUCCACACUGGUGACUCGAUCGUCGUCGCACCUUCGCAGACGCUGUCGGACUCGGACUACAACAUGCUCCGUACGACUGCUGUGAACGUGAUUCGGCAUCUUGGUGUGGUUGGAGAAUGCAACAUCCAGUAUGCCCUCAACCCCACUUCUCAAGAAUACUGCAUCAUCGAGGUCAACGCUCGGCUCUCUCGCUCUUCCGCUCUGGCUUCGAAGGCGACUGGGUACCCGCUGGCCUUCAUCGCUGCCAAACUCGGACUGGGAAUUCCUCUGAACGAGAUUAAGAACUCGGUCACGAAAGUCACGUCGGCGUGCUUCGAGCCCAGUUUGGACUACGUUGUUGUCAAGAUUCCGCGCUGGGAUCUCAGCAAGUUCAGCCGCGUGAGCCGCUUGCUGAGCAGCAGCAUGAAGAGUGUUGGUGAAGUGAUGAGCAUCGGAAGGACUUUCGAGGAGACCCUGCAGAAGGCGAUCCGGUCUGUAGAUGAUCAUUUUGCAGGGUUUGGCAAGAACGAUCUCGUGGAGAACAUCGACGAGGAAUUGGAGAACCCGACAGACAAGCGCAUCUUUGCGAUCUCGACUGCAUUCUAUCGUGGAUACAGUGUAGACAAGAUCUGGCAGAUGACCAACAUCGACAAAUGGUUCCUGCGCAAACUGCAGAACAUUUUCAAUAUGGAGCAGAAGCUUUCUGAGCUGAACGUGUCGACCAUCACGCCCGUCCUCAUCAAGCAAGCCAAGCAGCUUGGAUUCUCCGACAGACAACUAGCCCACUGCAUGGGGUCGACCGAAUUGGCUGUCCGCCGGCUUCGUCAGGAAUCAGGAAUCGCACCUUUCGUCAAGCAGAUCGACACGGUUGCGGCCGAGUUCCCAGCAUUCACCAAUUAUCUGUACACGACAUACAACGCCUCGCAGCACGAUGUCGAGUUCAACGAUCGGGGUGUGAUGGUCCUUGGAUCUGGUGUUUACCGCAUCGGGUCGUCCGUCGAGUUCGAUUGGUGUGCUGUUCGAGCCAUCCGCACUCUCCGCGAUCAGGGUCUCCAGACGAUCAUGGUCAACUACAAUCCUGAAACGGUCAGCACGGACUACGACGAGGCCGACCGACUCUACUUCGAAAACAUCAGCGUCGAGACUAUCUUGGACAUCUACGACGCUGAGCGAUCACGUGGUGUCAUUCUUUCGAUGGGUGGACAGACACCGAACAACAUCGCGCUACCACUCUAUCGCCAAAAUGUCAAGAUCUACGGAACCUCGCCUGAAAUGAUCGACACCGCAGAGAACCGGUACAAGUUCUCGCGACUGUUGGAUGAGAUAGGUGUGGAUCAGCCCGAGUGGAAAGAGUUGACGAGCUUCGACGAAGCCGAAGCCUUCUGUGAGAGAGUCGGAUACCCUGUGCUGGUCCGACCGUCGUACGUCUUGUCGGGCGCCGCGAUGAACGUCGUCUCUUCAGGCGACGACCUCAGCAACUAUCUGACGCAGGCGACGGCUGUCUCACGGGAUCACCCUGUCGUGAUCACCAAGUACAUCGAGCAGGCCAAGGAGAUCGAGAUGGAUGCCGUGGCCAAGGAUGGCAAGAUGGUCAUGCACUUUAUCUCUGAGCAUGUCGAGAAUGCCGGUGUUCAUUCUGGCGAUGCCACGCUCAUCCAUCCGCCGCAGGACCUAGACCCGACGACCGUCCGUCAGAUCGAGGAAGCCACCGCCAAAAUCGGUAACGCUCUCAACGUUACGGGACCGUUCAACAUCCAGUUCAUCGCGAAGAACAACGAGAUCAAGGUGAUCGAGUGCAAUCUGCGCGCCGCACGCUCGUUCCCAUUCGUCUCCAAGGUCACGGGGACCGACGCGAUUGAGAUGGCGACCAAGGUCAUGCUCGGGUUGCCUGUCGAGUCGUAUCCUGAGUCGGGCAUGCCGGCGGACUAUGUUGGGAUCAAGGUUCCGCAGUUCAGUUUCAGCCGGUUGUCUGGUGCCGAUCCUGUGCUGGGGGUCGAGAUGGCCUCCACGGGUGAGGUGGCUUGUUUCGGACAUGACAAGUAUGAGGCCUAUCUCAAAGCACUGAUUUCGACCGGCAUCGUUCCCCCGAAAAAGAACAUUCUGUUCUCGGUCGGUAGCUACCGCGAGAAGCUCGAGAUCUUGCCCUCGGUCCAGAGGCUGAGCGCGGCUGGCUACAAUAUCUUCGCGACCAGCGGCACGGCAGACUUCCUGACGGAGCACAACGUCCCUUGCAAAUACCUCGAAACCCUGGACGACGAUGUGCACGACAAGCAAAAGUCAGAAUACUCGCUGACGCAACAUCUGGCGAACAACCUCAUCGACAUGUACAUCAAUCUGCCGUCGAAGAACCACUACCGUCGUCCCGCGAGCUAUAGCAGCAAAGGAUACCACACCCGCCGCAUGGCCGUCGACUUUGCGGUGCCACUGAUCACGAACAUCAAAAACGCAAAGCUGCUUGCAGAGGCUCUGGUGCGGAAAUUGCCGUUGGAUGUCUCGAGCAUCGAUUCCAAGAGCUCUCACGGGACACACACAUUCCCGGGGCUUAUCAGCAUCUCGUCUUUUGUGUCCAGCAAGGACGACCUGGUCCCUGUGACGAAAGCGCUGGCCAGCGGGGGAUUCACGACCGCCGUCGUAGUACCCAGUGAUGCUGCUGGCAUCACCGAUCUCAACUCGCUCGAGCAAGCCCGAGCUGCUGCUGCUGGUUCCGCCCACUGCAACUUCGCUCUGUGCCUGACAGCGACGAUCGACAAUGUGUCUCUCCUGAACGAAGAGGCGCAGGCUGAAGCCAAGGCGCUCUUUAUUCCUUUCUCUGGGGACAAGAUCUUGCCAUUGUCGAGUGUGGCGACGCAUUUCGGCGCAUGGCCCGCUGACAAGCCAAUCGUGACUGAUGCCAAAGGCUCGGAUCUGGCGUCGAUCUUGCUGCUGGCCAGUCUGCAUAAUCGCAGUGUGCAUGUGACCGACGUCCGCUCUCAAGACGAUCUGCUGCUCAUCUCGCUCAGCAAAGCGAAACUGCUCAAGGUCACGUGCGACGUCUCCAUCUAUUCGCUAUUCUUCUCGCAAUCGGAUUUCACGGAGAGCAAGUGCUUACCGAGCGCUGAGGACCAGAAGGCGCUGUGGUCGAAGUUGGAUGUCAUCGAUGCGUUCUCUGUUGGAUCGACCCCUCAUCGCUUGGCUGUCGAGUUGGGACAUAGCGGGUCGACGGUCUCUGGUAUGGAGGAAGCGCUGCCGCUUCUGCUGACUGCCGUGCAAGAAGGCAGGCUCACACUCGACGAUAUCCGACUCCGUUUGCACGACAACCCGGCCCACAUCUUCGGGUUGCCAGAGCAGACCAACACGCAUGUCGAGGUCGCAAUCGGACGCAAGGCCAAAUUCGGCAAGGAGGGCCCUCUCAAGUCGAGACUCGUGGCUGCAUCGAUCCACCGGGUCGUUGUGCACGGUGUGACAGCGUUCUUAGACGGAUCGCUGGUGUCUGCGCCACUGGGCAAGGACAUCUCCAGUGCCACGAUCAGCCACCCGCCAAUGGUUGGGCCGUCCGCGCCUUCGGUCAAGGAGGCUGAACACACCAGCAGCAUGAUGACUCUGCCAUCUUCGGCGGCAGUCGCCUCCUCGCUGCUUUCCGUCCAGACACUGACUCCGCACCCGUCAUUCCAUCGUCGGCACAUUCUUUCUGUCAAGCAGUUCACCCAUCAAGACAUGUACGAUCUCUUCUCGCUUGCACACGAGAUGCGUCUGCAGGUCGAACGGAAUGGGACACUCGACAUUCUCAAGGGCCGUGUUCUUUGCACCUUGUUUUACGAGCCGUCGACGAGGACGAGCUCUUCUUUCGACGCCGCGAUGAAGCGGUGCGGUGGACAGGUCGUGCAAAUCAGCGCUGACACGAGCUCUGUGGUCAAGGGCGAGAGUCUUCCCGACACGAUCCGCACGCUGGGAUGCUACGGCGAUGCCAUCGUCAUGCGUCACCCAGCUGUCGGCAGCGCGCAGCUCGCGGCAAAAUUCUCGCCUGUCCCGAUUAUCAAUGCUGGUGACGGCAUCGGGGAACACCCGACGCAGGCGCUGCUCGAUGUGUACACGAUCCGUUCUGAGCUCGGCACCGUCAACGGGCGCACCAUCACGCUCUUGGGCGAUCUCAAGAACGGGCGCACCGUUCAUUCCCUGGUCACGCUUCUUUCGCUCUACUCCGUGCGCCUCAACUUCGUCUCGCCGCCGUCCCUGGCGAUGCCGGCCUCCGUCGUGUCUGCGGCCCGCAAAGCCGGGAUCCCCGUGACCCAGUGCGAGUCCCUUGACGAGGUCCUCGCCGACACGGACGUGCUCUAUGUGACUCGCAUCCAGAAAGAACGUUUCGACAGUGAGGCGGAGUGGGCGUUGGUCAAGGAUGCGUAUCGCGUUGACCAUGCGGUUCUCAGCAGGGCCAAGGAGGAGAUGAUCGUCAUGCACCCCCUGCCCCGGGUGAAUGAAAUUGAUCCCGAAGUCGACUUUGAUCUGAGGAGGGCUGUCUACUUCAGGCAGAUGCGCUAUGGCCUUUUUAUCCGGAUGGCCUUGUUGGCGAGUGUGAUGGCUUAAAAAAAAAGUAUUAGGAAUAUCAGUGUAAUAAGUAAAUGGUCUCGUCGUUCAUGGAAAUAUCUUCCAGUUUCAGCAGGAA